UGUCCAAUCUUUCCUGACCAGUGAAUAGACCUGAUAAAGGAAGGAAAUCCGCCCUGAUGUGGUGAUAAGUAGGAUUUUUUUUCCUUUCUUCUUGGCUGCUGAUUGGCUGGCUGUGGUUGACCGAGGGUGGAGGAGCUGAGUGCGCCAAGGUGUGCGUAAAAAGGAGGACCUAUGCGUUCCGCCACUCUCCAGUCAGGUGGCGCCCACACACCCUGACCUCACUGCUCAGUUUCAUUCCUGAAUGACUCGUCUCUGGACCUGAAUGGGAUGUAAAGGACUUGAUUACGCUCCGCUUUACUUGGCCUCAUCUUCAGAGCAGAUUCAAGCAGUUCAAGACAUGAGCGGUGUCACAGUUUGGGCAGAGGAGGCGGACAUAGCUCAGGAGGAGGUGCGAUCUUCUUCCCCCUGGUCGGAGGAGCACUGUGAGGAGCUUUGGGAUCGCGUGGAGGGGGUCCGGCACAAGCUCACACGCAUCCUCAACCCGGCCAAACUCACCCCGUACCUUCGCCAGUGCAAGGUCAUCGAUGAGCAGGAUGAGGACGAGGUGCUCAACUCCACACAGUACCCACUGCGCAUCAGCAAGGCCGGUCGUUUGCUGGACAUUCUGCGUGGUCAGGGCCAGCGAGGUCUUCAAGCCUUCAUGGAAUCGCUGGAGUUUUACCACCCAGAGCAGUACACACAGCUGACUGGAGAACAGCCCACACAGCGAUGCUCCCUCAUACUGGAUGAGGAAGGUCCGGAGGGUUUGACCCAGUUCCUGCUUCUGGAGGUGCGUAAACUGAGGGAGCAACUUCGAAACAGCCGUAUGUGUGAGCGACGCCUGUCUCAGCGCUGCCGGAUGGCAGAGGAGGAACGCAGCCGUGCCGAACGUAAAGCUCAGGAGUUACGCCACGACAGGCUGCAGCUAGAGAGGCUGCGUCAGGACUGGGAGUCGGCCAGUCGAGAGCUGGGCAAGCUGAAGGACAGGCACCUGGAGCAGGCUGUGAAGUACUCCAGGGCCCUGGAGGAACAAGGCAAGGCCUCCACCCGUGAGAGAGAGCUACUGAGGCAGGUAGAGGAGCUACGGGCCAGGCUGACCGAGGGAGAGAAACUCGAUACUACAGAGAAUACUACGCCGGCAAAAAGAAACAGUUUGAGCUCUAAUGGAGUAAAUGGUUCUCCACCUGCCUUACCAGAAAAGCCGCUGCACUGUGCUGAGGUUCAGAAAGCCGGGAAUAAAGGAACUCAGAUGAGGGAAUCAGUUCCUUCCACUGGAGUCAUAGCUCUGAUGGAUAUCCUGCAGCAGGACCGCAGGGAGUCUGCAGAGCAGCGACAGGAGCUCUGUGACAUCAUUACCAAACUACAGGGGGAGCUACAGAGUGCCGAGGAGCACAGGGACAAGCUGGAGUCACAGAGCGAGCAGCUACAGCUGAAGGUGAGGACUCUCCAGCUGGACUGGGAGACUGAGCAGAAGAGGAGUGUGUCCUAUUUCAACCAGAUUAUGGAAUUGGAAAAGGAGAGAGACCAGGCUCUGCACAGUCGAGACAGCCUGCAGUUGGAGUACACUGACUGUCUGCUGGAUAAGAACCGUCUGCGGAAACGCAUUGCAGAGCUGCAGGCCAACCUGGAGCAGCAGCAGAGGGAGCUGGAGAGAGAGAGGGAGAGGAGCCGGGAGCAGAUGGAGCAGAGCAGCCCCUGUCUACACUGUUCCCACCUGUCCCUCUGCAGUGAGGACCAGUGCUACGGCCCCUGCUGUUCCCUCGGCCUGGAACUGAGACCCCAGGCCAGUAGCAGCCGUCUGCUGCUGCGAAAGACGCCCUCUAGAGGCCAAGCCAAUGAUAACUCAAUGGAUUCUCAGUCCAACUCAGAGGAGAAUCUCCUUUCGUCAGCAGAAGAUAAUGAAAAGGAAAUAAAUCGACUGUCCACCUUCCCUUUUCCGCCAUGUAUGAACUCCAUCAACCGGCGAUUCAACACAGAGUUUGACUUGGAGUCCUGGGGCAGUGAUGAGAACGAUAACAUUACAGGUGAGCCGAGUGAACCUUCUUUGUGGGAUUCCUGUAACUCCCUACACUCUCAUCUCUUCCCCCCUGACCUGGUCAACCUGCCUGUAGUCUCUUCACACCAACCCAAUGUCCCCAGGAUACCCCCCCGCUCCCCAUCUUCAAGCCCCCCCACCCCACCAAAGCACAGAAAAGCCAGUCUAGCUGACGAUAUUACGAUAGUCGGAGGAAACCGAACAGGGAUCUUUGUCAGCCAUGUGAGAGCUGGUUCCCCCGCUGAACAGUGUGGACUAAAGGAGGGCAGUGAGCUCCUGGAGCUGGAGCGGGUCCUGUUCGGUGGGGGCAGUGUGCUGAUGGCCCAGUGCACUGCUGAGGUUGCCCACUUUUCUCUGCAGUGGUGGACCGAGCCUUCAACACUCAAACACCAGAGCAACCCAGAGGCGUACUCCAAGCUGUGCUCCCAGCUCUCGUCGCCUACAUUUACGGGUGCUGACUCCUUCUAUGUGCGUGUCAAUCUCAACAUGGAUGCUCACGGUGACUCGCCGUCUCUGGGUGUGUCCUGUGACGACAUUAUACAUGUCACAGACACAAAGUACAAUGGAAAAUACCACUGGCGCUGUUCCCUGGUGGACCCCCGCACAGCCAAGCCCCUGCAGGAAGGAACCAUGCCCAACUACAACAGGGCACAGCAGUUGUUACUUGUGAGGCUACGAAAAAUGGCUCUGGAGCAAAAGGACCUCAAGAAGAAGCUCUUGAAGAAAGCCUCCGGACGCGUACGAUUGGUUAAGGCAGUGGACCCCGGUUGCCGUGGGAUUGGUUCCACACAGCAGGUCCUUUACACACUCAGCAAACGUCACGAGGAGCACUUGAUCCCGUACAGUGUAGUGCAGCCGGUGCAGGUCCAGACUAAGCGCCCGGUCAUCUUCUCCCCGUCUCUUCUCUCCCGUGGCCUCAUAGAGAGGCUGCUGCAACCAGCAGAGUCUGGUUUGAAUUUCAACACCUGCCCACCAGAGCCGAUCCAGCCUUCAGAGAGACGAGACAAGAGAGUGUUCUUGUUGGAUUCCUGCAGUCCAGAGCAGGCUCUGGGCAUACGACUGCAGUCAAUACAGGAUGUCAUCAGCCAGGACAAGCACUGUCUGCUGGAGCUAGGCCUGCCCAGUGUUGAGGGCUUAUUAAGACAGGGGAUUUACCCUAUUGUCAUCCAUAUUCGCCCUAAAAACAAAAAACACAAGAAGCUAAGGAAGUUUUUCCCACGGUGUGGAGAGGAGAGCAUAAUGGAGGAGGUGUGCCAGGCUGAGGAGCUGCAGCUAGAGACGCUGCCCCUGCUCUACUACACCCUGGAGCCCAGCACCUGGAGCUGCACUGAUGAGCUGCUGGCAGCCAUACGCAACGCCAUCCACAGCCAGCAGAGGGCGGUAGCAUGGGUCGAACUGGAUCGACUUCAGUAGAGAAGAGAUGAAUAGAAAUAGAAAUGUGGAUAUUCACUGUCUUUGAAUGCCAGCAGGCACCAAACUACAGCCAGGUGCUUAUAGAGGGUUAACAUUUAUUGUUAGAUCAUCUUACUAUUCAAAGUGAGGGAACCAACAUCAAUUUACCUACCUGGAAAGGCCAGAUUAGGCCUAUGUACAUACAUGCCAACAGGACUUUUUUUUAUCUAUAUAGCCAAGCUGGACUGGCUACAAUGGGGGAAUAUGGGGAAACUAAUUGAAUCUAAAAUAGAUUUGACCCACACAAGGAAGGUAGCCUUUAGUUAGCAGUUUUACUUGACAGUCAUGUUAUUUUUUUUCCAUUAAGACAGACAGUUUUAUUAUUUAAUUGUACUUUCAAACUUAUUCUUGGGGAAUUACACCGGGUACCCACUUGGGUCACUUGUCAUUCAGUUAUGUUGUGAGUGGAAAGUUAAGCUGUGAGGACACAAAGAGGGACGGACGGUCCAGGUGAAGGGGAUUGUAGUAUGUUGUGAGUAGGGAUGUAGUGGAGGGUACAAAUGUGCUUAUCCACAUUUUGCAAUAAAGACAGUGCCUUUCUUUUUGGAGCUGACAUAAUCCUAAAUACAGGUCAUACUUAAAAAAUAGCAAACUAAUACAACUGCAGUUAUAUGAACACUGGUUUUUUUUUAAAGGGAAACAUUUCUGGAUAUUUUUUAGGUGAGCUAUGUAUGACUGAAAUGUUUGUAUUUACACUACAUUGUACAACAGAAGCUUCUUAUAGUUAACUAUAACUGAAUGGUUUUGUUUUUUACUGCCAACUCCUUUUUUCUUU